GCUGCCUUGCCGAGUUGACUUCCAGAGCAGCAGCCACCUUAUUUGAAGAGCUUGGGAUUGGGGAAGGAUUCUGCGCAACAUUCAGUUCCAGCAGCAGAGUCUCCCUCUCCGGACACUCAAAGCCUGCUUCUACCCAGGGCUAUCAUCAGCUCAAAUGUCGAAGAAGAUAGUGAUCAAAGCUGACCUCGUCGGCAAAGCAUGCAUGAGCGACAUCCUGUCAGUGGUCGCCACCCUCCAAGGGAUCAAGUCGAUGGAGAUCGACGCCGACAAGUGCACGCUGACGGUGGUCGGCGCCGUGGACCCGGUGCGCAUCGCGCAGAGGCUCAAGAAGAAGUGCUUCGCGGCGACCAUCAUCAGCGUGGCGGACGACAAGCCCAAGCCGCCGGAGCCGAAGAAGGACCCCUGCAAGGAGGCGUGCGAGAAGCUCUGCAAGGAGAGGUGCGACAAGAUCGCCUGCUGCAAGGAGUGCAAGGACAAGUGCGAGAAGGCGUGCAAGGAGAGGUGCGAGAGGCGCUGCAAGGCGUGGCUCGAGGGGGGCUCCUGCUCCUGCGGCCGCUGCUGCGGCAGGACGAGCCCGGGCUUCUGCUACACGCCCGGCUACCCCUACUGCGGCUGCGGGCGCGGCUGCGGCGGCUGGCCCGGGCCCUUCGGCUGCUAGGAAGAGAGGUAGUAGCCGGAAGGUCGUCGUCGUCGUCAUCAGUGUGGUUCUUCUGGCGUCCAGUAUGCUGUUAUGGCUCGUCCAUGUUACUAUUUCGUCAUGUAACUUUGUGCAUUUUCACUGCAUUGGUUUCCUUCUUACUGUGCACAUGUGGUUUGAGACUCUGGGAUGAUUAGGUCAGUAUCUUGCAAUGUUGUUUGUGGAUUUGUUGUGUACCUGUAAAAUACUAAUGUGUCAGUCUCUUCCCUCUCUGAAGAAGUAAAGGCUAUGGGUAAUUCAA